AUGACAGACGAGUCCAAAAGCUCAACCUCACAACCUCUGUCACCAGCAUCGCCCAAAUCUCCUAGUGAAAAUAGCCCUUUGGGUAAGAUGAGGGACUUUUUAGCAUCAACAAAGAAACCUAAACGACCUUUAGUAUGGGUCGACUGUGAAAUGACGGGUCUUGACGUAUUGGGUGAAGACCGUAUCAUUGAAAUUUGCUGCAUUGUAACCGAUGAAAACUUGGAAGUCUUGGGCAAUGGCGAUUAUUACGAAAGCACAAUCUAUUACCCACAGGAAACCUUGGAUAAGAUGGAUGAAUGGUGCCAAACAACGCAUGGACAACUGGGGUUGAUCCAGCGAAUAUUAGAUAACCCCGAUAGGACUUUGGAAAAAGUCCAAGCUGAAUUACUCGAAUUUUUGAAAAAGUAUAUAAGCGGACCCAAAAUUGGUAUCAUGGCCGGAAACUCAGUACACAUGGAUAAGUUCUUUAUGAUGAAAGAUAUGCCCGAAAUUGUUGAGUUUUUGCAUUAUAGACUCUUGGAUGUCUCAUCAAUAAUGGAGUUUGGCAAACGCCAUGCACCAAAAUUGAUGGAUCUUCAACCCGAUAAGAUCCAAAGUCACACGGCCAAAUCAGAUAUCUUGGAAAGCAUUGCCCAAUUGAAGUGGUUUAGAGAACACUAUUUCAAACUGUCAACAGAAAUUGAUCAAGUCAUUAAAAAGCUUAAGGAAUAG